AUGGAUCCAAGGAAUCCGUAUAGCCAGUCUGCUGGUUAUAUUGGCCUUCUUCACAGUCAACACGAAAGUGUUCAUCAUGAGAACUCUCCUUAUGAGAGUUUUCAUUCUGGAUCUUCACAGAUCCCUCCAUUCAGUUCACAACAAGGAGAUGCUCCAACUCCACCUACAGACACACCGGUGGAGCGUGGGAAGAGACAUAAAUGGACUCCUGCAGAGGACGAGAAGCUGAUUAGUGCCUGGCUAAACACAUCUAAAGAUGCAAUAGUCGGCAAUAACCAAAAGUCAGGGACAUUCUGGAAGCGAGUAGGAGAUUAUUUCUUUGCGGCUCUGAAUGUUGGUGAAAGUUGCGAGCAUCUCCAUUAUAGGCAGAGGUGGCAGAAAAUCAAUGAUCAAACUAACAAGUUUUGUGGUGCAUAUGCGGCGGCGGAGCGACAAAUUAGUAGUGGUCAGCAUGAGAAUGAUGUUCUCAAGGUGGCCCAUGACAUAUUUUACGCUGAUCAGGAGUCCAAAUUUACACUGGAGCAUGCGUGGUGUGUGUUGAGGUAUGAGCAGAAAUGGCUUAACCUCAACUGCACUAAAGCUUCUGGAAGUUCAAAGAGGAAAACCGUUCAACCAAAUUCCCAAACAUCAACCACAAGUGUUGGUGAACAAGAGAUACGACCAGAAGGUGUAAAGGCCGCAAAAGCUAAACGGAGCAAUGCGAUGGGGAAGUCUGUUGGUGAGUAUAAGGAGGUUUGGGAAAUGAGGAAGGUGGAUUUGGAUAGGAAAGAGAAACUGUCAAAGCUUGCCAUCUUAGACACUCUCCUAGCCAAAACCGAACCACUCAGUGAGCGAGAAGAAGUAGCCAAAAACAAGCUUCUCGCCGAGUAUUUCUAG